CUCGGAACGACCAGCGACAAAAGUGCAACGAUGCAGUGAGCUCAAAGACCAAUCACAUUCCAGACUCCCAUCUUUUUUAAGCUGCAAGCUUCCAUCGACGUUCACCUUCCAAGUGGUCACUCUUGUUUCAAGCAACGGCUGAUUUCAGAAUUACAUACCUACCUAAUCAUUAUAUUUUCAAUUACGUUGCUCUCAGUUGGACGCCCAAAUCAACCUUCAGUUUGGUCGUUCUGUCUGUCAAGGAGGGACCGUCCUGUCCUCAGCAAAUUAGGGCGCCAGAAGCUCCAAAGCUACGUAGCCCGUCUAGGCCACAACCGCCUUGCGCCCGGAUCUCACACCACAACAUCAACAGCUAGCUGCCAGUGUGUGGCUCAGGGUGAGAUCAAGAUACAAAAAUGGAUUCACUCAUUCGAACUUUCUCAAAUGCGCAGUCAAGCCGUGACGGAUAUCAGCUUGCGCAGACACUAUCGCCUGAUCUCCCACAGCAGCAACUUCAGGCCAUCUGGAAAAGUUGCGGUCACCAUGAUGCCCAGAAUGUCAUAAAGCGUGGUAUUCAGAAUAGCACGUCAGGCUUCGAGAAACUGCCCAAGGACGAGGUGCAAGGCUGGAGUGAUGUAUACCUUGCCUACUGGAAGGCCAUCGGCGAGCUUCUCCCUGCUUUAAACCAGGCGCCGCAGUCAUCAUGGACAAAAGUGUACGAUGCGUGGAAGGAACUACUCUCUGCAUUAUACAGAGGCUACAUCGGCCAGGGGUUCGAAGCAUGGUCAAUUCCGUGUCUAUAUGUCGUGGCCAAGAAUCUGCGCUUCUUUGCUUUGAAGGCCGAUGAGGAACGCAACAACAACGUAGCCGCCGGGGACACAUCGGGCCAGAUCUUCCAGGAUGACUUUGACCCCGAAUCUGAACAAAAUCAGAAACUGGAGGAUUGCGCGCGCCAGCUUAACCGGAUCUUCACGCUUUGUCUCAAUGACAGGGCACCCUUGGAGGAGUCACGAAAAUGGGGUAUUUAUUACAUCAUCAACCUUCUCUUCAAGACAUACUUCAAGCUGAAUUCGGCCAGUUUAUCCAAAAACAUCCUCAAGACAUUGUCGGCUUAUCGAGGUGACAUGCCGCCCCUUUCCGCCUUUCCCAAGUCACAGCAAGUGACGUUCAAAUAUUACGAGGGAGUUCUAUGCUUCUUGGAGGAGAACUAUUUUCAGGCUGAGGAGCACUUGACACAGGCGUGGUCUCUCUGCCACAAGGAUGCCAUGAAGAACAAAGAGCUUAUCCUCACAUACCUCGUUCCCUGCCACCUCCUCACGACACAUACUCUCCCAAGCCAAAAGCUCCUCGAGCCGUACCCUCGGCUCCAGAAGCUUUUCCUGCCGCUGUCCAACUGCAUCAAGAAGGGCGAGCUGCACGCAUUUGACCUGGCUCUCCAGCAAGGCGAAGACGAGUUCGUCAAGCGACGCAUCUACCUGACUUUGGAGCGAGGACGUGACAUUGCACUGCGCAACCUCUUGCGUAAGGUCUUCAUUGCUGGCGGGUUCGAGGAGUCCAAAGUGGAGGGUGGUCCGCGGGUGCGGCGCACACGCAUCCCCGUCGCCGAAUUUGCUGCUGCUAUAAGUUUGGGGAGCAAGCAGAUGCUUGAGACGGAUGAGAUUGAGUGUUUGAUGGCGAACAUGAUCUACAAGAACCUCAUGAAGGGCUACAUAGCACGCGAGCGAGGCUUUGUGGUGCUUAGCAAGAGCGGUGCCUUCCCCGGAACUGGGGUAUAGUGUUCCAAACUGUGACCGGGCGAUGAUUGCUGGCUUGCCGUAGUUCACCAAUGGCAGCAGUAGCGGUACAUUGAGUGGACGGAAAUUGACUGGGAGCUUAAUUUGAAGUCCGCUACUGAAAGUCGGGUCCAAUUCAACCAAAAUCAUUGCCGGGAGAGAGGUAAUCGUGUCGUACCCAUCUUCCAAAGCUACGCUACUACCAUACGCCGUCAAACGUCUAUACAUACUUCGUCUGAGUUCAAAGGAUGACGGUUCAAAAUACAACAUAGCCGACUGCCUGCCUUUGGCGUGCUGUUCACGGUCAUUUUUGUGAAGAACUUCACGGUAACGCAGGAACAAAAAAAUGGCUUCGAUCUAAUCAGGCACAGCCAGGAGGUCUGGAACUAGCUUGUAUCACAACCAUGACUAUAGUAUACGAUGUCUGUGAAGUCUUCGCAAAUUGCAACUUUCUUCGGUUAAUCAACCCAAAAAUCAAACAAUCCAGACGGCAUUUUUCACAUUGCAAUCAGU